AUGAAAGAUAUAGAAGCACUACCGAAGGGAUUAAAAGAAAAGAAACUAUAUGAAACAUACCAAGAAAAAUUAUUUGAAAUAACACAAUGGUAUGACAAACAAAAUGAAGAAACUCGAAGAAUAUAUACAAGAGACCUGGAUGAAGGUGAGAUACGACAUAUCGAGAACUCAGAAAAUGUUCUUGAUAUUAGGCCAGAACAAGUAACAACAAGUAGUGUAAGCGAAGCAUCCUCCUCUUGGAGUGAUGACUCCGCUACAGAAGAUGCAAAAAGCAUUGAAAAUGCCAGAACCACCAACAGUACAAGCAUAGAAGCUACAAAAAUCGUGGUUUUCCAACUAUGUGACCAGAUAGGGAAGUACCCAGAUAAAAAAGAAGAAUCACUAGUAAAGCAGAGUAACUUCCAUAGAAAACAAAAAAGCACAUAUACCAACGCACAUAAGUGUGAAAGAUCAAGUAGUCAUAAUAGAACCACCAGUAUCACUUCUAUCAUAGGAUUAGUGUAUGAUCCACAAACAGGAAAUUCAUGUAGCUCUAGCUCCACAAAAAGUGUAAAACAAUUCACAUCGAAUGCAGGAGCUACAACACCAAUAAAACCAAGAAACAACCAAGAUGAAGCAAUAAACUUAGAAAAAUAA